CUCGAGCAGCUUCCCCUCUUCAGUAACGACCGCCGGCGGCAAUUAGACGAGGGUUUUUGGUCGCUGCCGUCGUCGGGAGAAGAAGAAGUGUGGAGGCGGCGCGAUCGUGAACGGCGAGCGGGCUGAGACAAGGCGCACGGUCGGCGAGAUGGCGGAAGGCGACGAGAAUCGUGUUUUUGGUCGCUGCCGUCGUCGGGAGAAGAAGAGAUGUGGAGGCGGCGCGAUCGUGAACGGCGAGCGGGCUGAGACGAGGCGCACGGUCUGCGAGAUGGCGGAAGGCGACGAGAAUCGUGUUGUUGGUCACUGCCGUCGUCGGGAGAAGAAGAGGUGUGGAGGCGGCGCAGCAGCUGCAGCGUCUUCGUUCAGUCGUCUAUGGUGAGGGCAGAGGGUCGAGUAGGGUUACGAAGGGAGGAGGCCAAGAGGGGCUGGAUAAUGAGUCUUCAAAACAAAAACAACAAAAAAAAUAGAUAAAAUGAGGUUGCUAGGUCUCGAAGAGCAGACCUCAUUAAAAAUUUUCGGAGAAAACGGGAUGAAACCCGUCCUUGGCUUUUCAGGAAAACCAUUUUUUUUUGUUUUCGUCAGCUGCCUCUUUUUCUUGUCAAAUGGUUGCCACAAAUGAAAACGAAAACCAAAGUGAACACGUUUUCUCACUUUGUUUUUAAAUUUUCUGUUUUGACAACGAAAAACAGAAAACGAAAUUGAAAGUGAACAGGACCUUACUUGCUACCAAAUCCAAACACAAUUUCUUCCCCUCACCACUUCCCUUAAUCCCUUCCCAAACCCAAUAUCAACUUUUACUCCAAGUACGCACCCCCAACUCCCAGUGUGUUGCGUGAAAGCUUAAUUUUAGCAAUCAUUAUGCUUGCAAUUAGAUUAAUGGACACCAGCAAACGCAAAAAUUCCACCAGACGAUGAGUUGUCUUCACUUUGAGUUUUGUCAUAAAACUGCUGGCCCCAUAUGUUUAUCAGUUUGGAGGCCAUAUGAUGAGCAAUACCGAAUCAGUUGCAGCGAAGUUACCGGUCACAGUAAUGACAAUGUGAAACACGUGUUAACAAACGCGAAUAUGGGUU